AUGGUCCGCCUUUCCCUUAUUGCAUUGAGUGCUGCCACUAUUUCGGCUGUGUCUGCUCAUUUCCAAUUGACCUAUCCUCAAACACGUGGUUUCAAUGAGGACAAUGAACCCCAAGCUCCUUGUGGCGGUUUCAACAAUGUUGGUUCGCGUUCCGAGUUUCCCUUGGAGAAUGGUUUUGUCCAGAUCAACUCUGGCCAUACCUCUUACAAGUACACUGUCAAGGUGAUCACCAGCAGCAACCCCUCUACUUCUGAUUUCACUGGAAGCAAUGCUACUGUGAUCGGCUCUGGUAGCCGUAACUACCCUGGUGAUGCUUGUCUCACUGUCAGCACCAACAAUGGCACCGAUAUCAAGGCUGGCACCAACGCCACCAUCCAAAUCACCUAUGACGGUGGUGAUGGUUCCUUGUAUCAGUGCACGGAUGUCACUUUUGUCGAGAACCCCUCCAACUUUAACUCUAGCGCUUGUGUCAAUGCUGAUGGCUCGAAGCCUGGAGAUAGCGGUUCUUCCUCUGAUGGUGAAAGUGGUGCCUCUUCUGUUACUACCGCUGUUGGUGGUAUUGUCUUGGCUGCUGUUGCCGGUGCAAUUUCGCUCCUCUAA